CCUAGUCUAGGCUGCCCUGCCUAUGAAUACCUAUCUUUACUCCAGAAAGCUCAUCUUGGCAGGGUCUGGGGUCAAAGGGCCGCUUAUAUACCCUCUCGCCUUAUGGCCUCCUUUGGGGAGCAGAUGAACCAUAGCCCCCUCCCCCCCCUUUCUCAGGAUAGGAUGAUGCAGACUUGAACCUCCCUCCUCGAGUGUGCUGUGUCCCGUGUGCCUGACUGAAAAACUUAGCAUGGCUGAAGCUGGCCUCAACUCACCCUCUCUGUUUGCGCGAGAUGGGAUAUCACUAGGACCCCUAUCACCCACCAGCCCCCCCUCUCCGGGCUUCCCACCCGGACGGGCCUCGAACCCGCUAUCGUCCAAGGUAACGUCCGUUCUAUCGACCUCUUACGCAGAUGCCGAGUUUCGCGAAUCCCUUGCGCUGCUAGACGAGCGAGGCAUUAGCAACAAUGCCGAGACGCGGAGACAACUACGCCUCGAUGUCCAGAAAGAGGUCAUCGACAGUAACGGCAAGAUAAUUGCCGAGUUCGGAAAGGUGGCCGAGCAACUAAGGAGGAUAGGCGCCACGGUCGACGGGCUAAACAAGAGCUACCAGGAAAUGCGAAGUCAUGUUACCACGGCUCACGAAGCGACAUCGCAAGCCCUCGCGGAGGCAUCCGCUCUCAUGGCCCAGAGGCGGAGCAUCGAGACGAAACAGCAAGUCUUGAAAGCUUUCCGCGAGCGCUUCAUCCUCUCCGAAGACGAGGCCGCCUCGCUAACCCUGACGUCUGAGCCGGUCGACGACCGUUUCUUCGCCGUCUUGGCUAAGGCGAAGCGCAUCCGGAAGGACUGCGAGUUCUUGCUCGGCUUCGAGAGCCAGACUCUCGGCCUCGAGGUCAUGGAGCAGACCUCCAAGAAUCUGAACGCCGCCUUCCAAAAGCUGUACCGCUGGGUCCAGAAGGAAUUUAAGACCCUGAAUCUCGAAAACCCCCAGAUCAACGCCUCCGUGCGCCGCGCCAUCCGCGUGCUCGCCGAACGACCCUCCCUGUUCCAGAACUGUCUAGAUUUCUUCGCCGAGGCUAGGGAGCAGAUUUUGUCGGACGCGUUUUACCUGGCGCUGACGGGGACACCAGCUUCCGGCGCGAAGGACCAUUCGGUGAAGCCCAUCGAGCUGGUCGCCCACGACCUGCUUAGAUACACGGGUGACAUGCUAGCCUGGACGCACUCGGCCACCGUCAGCGAGAGGGAGGCUCUCGAGGCUUUAUUCAUCUCCGAUGGGAACGAGAUCGCCAAGGGAAUCCAAGAAGGGCGCGAGAACGAGCUAUGGAGGCUGAUGGCUGACGACGCCGACGGCCCGCGCGAGUUCGAUGCGGUCAGGGCCCUCAACGAACUUGUCGACCGCGAUGUCUCCGGCGCGUCGCGGAUAUUGCGGCAGCGGGUCGAGCAAGUCAUCCAGACUAACGAAGAGAUUAUUCUGGCAUACAAACUGGCGAACCUGCUCGGGUUCUAUCGCGUGACGUUCUCGAAGCUGCUCGGCGACGACUCGGCCUUGCUACAGUCGAUGCAGAACCUCGAGGCCGAGGCGCUGCGCCAGUUCCGCUCGCUGAUGCGGGACCACAUUACCACCCUCGAGGCCGAGUUCCAGCACACGCCCUCCGACCUCGCCCCGCCCGAGUUCCUCCAGGAGGCGCUCAAGCAGCUCACCGCCAUCAUGAGCACGUACGAGACCUCUCUCGCCGCCGAGGACGACCGAGAGGCCGACUUCGAGCCCGUGCUCGCCGAGUCCUUCGACCCCUUCCUCGCCGGCGCCGAGAACAUGGCCCGCCGCCUCCCCGCGCCCUCGGACUCCAUCUUCCUCGCCAACUGCCUGCUCGCGGCGCGCGCCGCGCUCGCGCCCUUCUCGUUCGCGGCCGGCCGGGCCGCGCGCCUCCAGGCCGCCGUGGACGAGCGCGCCGCCCGCCUCGUGGCGAGCCAGCACGCCUUCCUGCGCGCCGGGUCGGCGCUCGAGCCGCUGCUCUCGGCGCUGGGCCCGCUGCGCGAGGGCGAGCGCGCCGACGUCGCCCGCGUCGCGGCGCGGCAACCGCCCGAGGCCCUCGCGCCCGAGGCCCUCGCGCGCGCCUCCCAGAGGCUCGACGACUUCCUGCCCUCGGCCGCCAUGGACGCGCUCGAAAAUGUCAAGCACCUGCAGAACGCGGCGCUCGCGCGCGCCAUCACCGAGGAGGCCGCCGACCGCUUCUGCGCCGACUUCGAGCACGUCGAGGAGCUGCUCACGGCGGCCGACGAGGUGGCCGAGGAAGAAUGGAGAGAGAGGGCGAGCGGGGGGGAGGGAGAAGGGCCCCCGAGUCUAAGGGCGCUGUUUCCGAGGACGACAGGCGAGAUUAGAGUCUUGUUGUCGUGAUGGGGAGGGGCAGUAUGCUCAUACAUGGCACACGCACAUGUAUAUAUGUUUUUGUGGCAUUCUAAGAGAGGGCAAGAGAAGAUCAUCGUAUAGAAGUGAGUUUAGGUCGCAAUCUCUGGCGUCGACGUAGAUAUCAUUACAGCUAUGUCUUUAUGGAUGAGUAAAUGCAGAUUCGAGACGCAAAAAGUUUUUGUACCCUUCGUAACGUAGGUAAUGAAGCCGCCGGUAUGCGCAAACCCAUUUAUAAA